AUGUGGCCUUCGCUCACAAGGAUGGUCGGGUGGAGGAGUCCUGGGAUGGUAGCGGCUGGGUCGGCUAUGCGGAGGCAGAGGCCGUCCUGGCAGCACCUCGCCCAGAAGCACCGCGAAGUUUGGCAGACCUUGUGCCAAAACCCUGUGCUGCUUCUGCGAGCAAGGCAGCUCCGGUCACUCGCAGAUGGGGUCGUACAGCGCAGGCGGCCGCCGAGCAAAAAGGAGCAAGAACUUCAGCCGACAGCACUGCUCUGCACCUGGCGGGGCGGGGGGUUGCGUCGAAGGGCUAAAGAGGUUUCUCGGGUGACAUGUUCCCCAGAUGAUUUUAGUGAGCCUGGAAAUUCGGAGUCGGGGGAUGAAAGCUCAGGGGCUGGCUUGUCUGUUAGAAGUGUGAUUUUUUUGGUUUCGAUGUUAUGUUUCGGGCUUGGCGGGAUUCGGGUUGGCGGGAAUGGGAACUUCUUAAUGGUUCGCGGCAUAAGAGGCGCAUUGCAGAAAGGGCAUGUGUGA